ACCCGGAAGUACUAAAAAGCGGCAAAUACAACUUCACUUGUGGAAGUUGUCUUCGUCAUAGUGUGAAACAACAAUGGGACAUUUGAUACCCAGGUGUUUGAUAAACCGCCUUUUUGUUAUUGAUACACAUGGCGUUUUACUUACGGCCAUCAACUGGCCACGUUUCACUGCAAAAACUGCAUACGUUUGCGGUGAAUCGAUUGGAAUUCUUACUAAAAAUUCACCAUGCAGGAGGAGAUCGCCUUCGACUUCUUGAUAUCACCAACAAUAUUCAGACAGUUGCUGACUCUGACUGUUUGAUAGAGGGAACACAGAAGGAUAAUAUUUCGCAUUUUAUUUUAAGACUUCUUUUUGUUGCUGAUCAAGAAACCACAGAUUUUUUCUUGCAAGCAGAAACUCAGUUAUUCCAGUUCCGAUUUUCCUGUCUAACUGAAAAAGAAAUUUACAGACUUCUGAAAUCGACAACAAAACAUGUUCCAACCAUUAAACAACCUUGUGCCACAACAUACCAUGAAACAGACAUCUGUCAUGUUCUAAGUAUCCUCCAGGCAAUCAAACAGUCAGCAGGAACUUGGCAGAAUGCUGCACACCAGUACAUGGCUGGGAGGAGUGGUCAGUACUUCCACCUGCCCUUCCAAGCAGUUACCCCCCUUGUUAGCAACAGGAGGGUUGCGUUGCACAGGGGAAUGGCAAAAGUGCAUUAUGACAACCUUGAUGAAGUGUUGACUGGACUGUUCAGGUCAGUAUUGCAACUAGCCUUGAAACAAGUGAAGGACGCAAGAAGUACAGCAUUGCAGGAUGUCAGGAUGAAGAGAUGUGCAAAAGUGUUGAAGUCUAUUUACAGAACAAAAGUUCCCAUUCCACUUAACUGGAACAACCUGUCCUGUUUGUCACAUCAUCAAGUGGACCAAUUGGAGCACCUGUUUCCUCUGUGUAUGUCCAGCCUUCACAAAGCCCUGCGAACAAACCACCGUCUCAAACACAACGACAGGGUCCAGUACAGCCUGUUCCUGAAGGAGGUGGGGAUGCCAGUGCACCAGGCCAUCAAGAUGUGGAAGCAGGAGUACUCCCAGCCCAGUGAUCUCCCAGGGACUGGCCUCCACAGCUGGCAGGCUGACGAGCGCAGGUACACAUACAACAUCAGACACCUGUACGGCCUGGAGGGUGCUCGUCGCAACUACCGAGGACACUGCUGUGCUUCACUUCAGAGACGCCAACUUGGGCCAGCCGAACAAGGAGGAUGCCCAUUUGUGCAUUUUGACAACCGUCACCUUGUUAACCUUCUGACUGAUGUUGGUAUCAUGGAGGUGGACCAAGCAGUGAUUCGAAACCUUAAAUCAUCUGGUGAUCCAUGUGGAGCCUGUGCUGGUUAUCUCAGACACAGGGUUCAGUCCUGCUUGGACCAGCAGGGUGUUGAUGGAAGACGAGACAGACAUAUGCAGGGACAUACCCCUCCAGUUGAUCAGACCCUCAGCAGAAACAAUGGAUACAAUAUUGACUGCAAACACAUGACAAAGGCAUCAGGACAUGAACGUGUGGAUAGAAUACAGGUGUCUGGACAGGGUGGUGUGGUGUGUGGUGAUGGUGAGAUGGCGGGGCAGGAUGACGUGUGUGAGGAUAGCAAGACAGAUGGGCAAGAUUGUGAUGUUAUACUGGUCAGUAUUCAUACAAAGCACCGAGGGGUGAAAAGGAGUCUGUCCAACAGAUCAGAGCGUGUCAAGAGACAUGUUUUGUGGUAUGAGAGUGGGAAGCAGGCAGUGCAGGAAAACAGAGCGCUGAUGGAGACAAAUGCUGAGUGUACUACCAGCAGUGAUGCUGCUGCUAAGAUUGACAUAGAAGAGGCUGAGUCAAUGUCAGACAGUUCGGUGUUGUGCCAAAAUACAGUAAGAAAAAACCCUGUUGAAAUGUUUCACGACCAUGGCCAAACUGUGUCAGCAACAUCAACCUCCAGUAGGUCAACGUCAGAGGAACAUGAACAAGACUUUGUCCAUAAACGACCACCAGAGCAUGUGUAUCACAGUAAAGCUGACACACAUGGCACUGGAGAUACCUUUGUCCAUAAACGACCACCAGAGCAUGUGUGUCACAGAAACACUGACACACAUGGCACUGGAGAUAGCAGCAAGUGUGGUACCCGUGUGUCAUCUACGGCUGCAAGCCGUCCUGUGCCAUCCAGUCAGUCAGACACUUCACUGACCCAUGAAGAUCCUGGCAGCUGUUUUGAACAUGAUGUUUGUCCGUCACAGACUGACAGUAACACUCAGCUGGAGAAGCUGGAUAGAGUUAGAGGGAGACUGCAACAUCUCAGCGACUUUCAUAUUCACAAACCUGUGGACUUUUACACUUGUUUCAAGGAGUUAGUGGAAGGGUUGAAAUCCAGAGUCAAAGAAUGUUAGUAAUCAUGGUAACAGAUAUUAUUUUGUUUCAGUUGUAGGAACAAACAAUGUAAUCUUUGAGAAACUGGAUUAUAAACAUUGUCAAUGAAAUUAAUUGAUUUUCAAUGCUGGGCCACAACAAAAUGAAUACUUGUUCAUUGGAAACACUAAAAUCUUGAAACAAAAUUCCAUAAUGAUUACGAUAAACAUCCUUCUGGAGAACUUGCAAAUGGAAAAAAAUAGCUCAAAUCUUUUCUUACCUUUCUUUUCUGACAUUCAACUUGAAUGUCUGAGGUCAUGUAACAAUUAUUUUUAAAAACAAAAUGUCUCUCUGCCAAAAAAGUAUGAAUGAGUUACAUUUUCAAUUCUAAUGUCCAUCUAUCAUUGUUUUGUUUUAGAAUGGUAUUUUUCUUGUUAUGAAUCUUUUACAAUGUUUUACCAUGUUAAGGGACAAUAUUUUAUGCAUCUUGUCUUGUCAGUAUGAUCAUGUGAUGCUUUUUGAAGUACCAAACACUGACACAAGAAAUGAAGUGCCAUGAUUUCAUAAUGCUGAUUUGUAACAAGCUAUGUGUUCAAUUCUUGGUAUCCUGACUUUUGGUUAGACUAAAUUAUAAAGUUUUUAA